AAAGUUCAAUCGAUGAGUGCAAACUUGCCACUCUUUGGCUUGAGAUCAUCUCAGAGAGCCUCCAAAGGCUGAGAUCAUGAUGCUGCCUUGUGGAAGCGACUCGAGGCUAAUAUAAUCCCAGAUACUGGAAGCUGCACCUAGAGAUGUAUCUUGUACAAGUUGUGGGCUGCAUCAAGAUUCAAGAGUCGAGGCCAAAAGUUUUCGAACUUGAACUUGCCUCCUGUCACACAAACACACCCUCUUGUUAUAUGCUGAAGUAGCUGUGCUCAUUGCCCCAGGCUCUCUGUUCAGGUCAAGUGCUAGAGUAGAGAUAAGAAAUAAAAAUAGCUCAACAUCUUGCUCGGCAAGCUCAUAAAAAGCUUUGCUAUACUUAGGCUUGCUGUUGCCAUAUAAUUACAGGCCUCGCUUGCUGCAGAGCCCGUCGAUACUGGCUGCUGCAUGCUCAUACGCCGUGCCUGGACCAACAGGAUCAAUAGGAACCCACGCACGCUGCUUUUACGGCCGUCCACUGCUUUCCAGAAUUCGAGACGCGUCGCAGCGCAAUCACCGAGCACAACAACACACCCAAACAACCUCUUCCACGCCUCCUUCUCCGCCUCUGCUGCAGCUCACGAUAAGGCAGCCAUGUCGAGUGAUGAUGGAGACUACUCCUUUGGAGCCUACGAGCCUAGUCCUGCACCGAAGAAAACCACCAAGCGCGCACAGACGAUGGACAGUGAUGAGGACAGUGUAGUGAUCAGCAAACCGGCUGCUAAGAAACAAAAACCAGUCAAGCGCAAGGAGCCGCUUGAUGAAGUGGACGACAAUGAAUCAAUGGCACCGACGCCCAAGGCCAAAAAGGGCGGCGCAUCCGACAUGUAUCAGAAGUUGACUCAGUUGGAGCACGUCAUCAAGCGGCCUGAUACCUACAUUGGCAGUAUCGAGACUCAGCAGAAUGAAAUGUGGUCUUACAAUGCUGCCACCACUGCCAUGGAGUUCAAAAAGAUGUCCAUGGUGCCUGGUCUCUUCAAGAUCUAUGAUGAGAUUCUCGUCAAUGCUGCAGACAACAAGCAGCGUGACCCAGAUAUGGACACGCUCAAGGUGGACUUUGACCGCGAAGCCAAUACCAUCACCGUGCAAAACAAUGGUCGCGGCAUUCCAGUCGAGAUGCACGCGAAAGAGAAGAUGUACAUUCCCGAGCUCAUCUUUGGCCAUUUGUUGACCUCGUCCAACUACGACGACGACCAAAAGAAGACGACGGGUGGUCGCAAUGGUUAUGGUGCCAAGCUGGCCAACAUCUUUUCCACCGAGUUCACCCUAGAAACGGCAGAUAAGAAGAAUGGCAAAAAGUAUAUACAAACCUGGUCGGAAAACAUGUCCAAGAUGACCAAACCGAAAAUUACAUCCUUCAAGUCUGGCGAGUACACCAGAAUCACCUUCAAGCCGGAUCUUGCCAAGUUUGGCAUGGAAAAGAUGGACGACGAUCUCGAGGGUAUCUUCAAACGACGUGUCUAUGAUCUUGCAGGAUGUGUGCCAGGCAUAAAAGUUUUCCUCAAUGGCGAGCGCAUCAAGCUCAAGUCUUUCAAGGAGUAUGCAAACAUGUAUGUCUCUUCGCUGCCUGAGCGAGAAAAGCCACCUCCACUCAUCUACGAGCGCACCAACGACAGAUGGGAAGUUGCCUUUACCGUAUCUGAAGGGCAAUUCAACCAAGUCUCUUUUGUCAACUCGAUUGCUACAACCAAGGGCGGGACGCACGUCAACCAUGUUGCCGAUCAGAUUGUCAGCAAAAUCAUUGCAGAGUACAGCAAAAAGAACAAAAAAGCUCAGGCUCUCAAAGCCUUCCAAGUCAAGCAGCACAUGUGGCUCUUUGUCAACUGCAAGAUUGAGAACCCGGCAUUCGACUCGCAAACCAAGGAGACACUCACGCUCAAAGCCACUCAAUUUGGCAGCAAGUGUUCUCUUUCUGAGGACUUUAUGAAAAAGGUCAUGAAGUCUGGUAUCCUGGACGACAUUACGCGACAAUCUGACCUGCGUGCCGACAAGGCUAUGAAAAAGACGGAUGGAUCCAAGCGUACGCGCAUCACAGGCAUGGCAAAGCUGGAAGAUGCCAACCGCGCAGGAACGAAGGAUGCCGAACGCUGUACACUCAUCCUGACGGAAGGAGAUUCCGCCAAGACGCUCGCCAUUGCUGGCAUGUCUGUUGUUGGACGAGAUCACUUUGGUGUGUUCCCCUUGCGUGGAAAGUUGCUCAAUGUGCGAGAUGCAGCAGCUGCUCAAAUCAGUGCCAAUGUCGAAAUCCAAAAUAUCAAGACGAUUCUCGGUUUGCAGCAUGGGAAAAAGUACACGAGCGUCAAAGACUUGCGAUACGGUCAUCUCAUGAUUAUGACUGAUCAAGAUCACGACGGCUCGCACAUCAAAGGACUCAUCAUCAAUUACUUUGAGUGCUACUAUCCCAGCCUGCUCGAAAUUCCCGGCUUUCUGGUAGAGUUCAUUACCCCUAUUGUGAGAUGCACGAAAGGCAAGGAGCAAGUGUCCUUCUUUACCUUGCCUGAAUACGAGCACUGGAAGGAGCAGGUUCAGCCAGGCAAGGAAUGGAAAAUCAAGUACUUCAAGGGUUUGGGUACGUCAGACACGGCAGACGCGAAAAAGUACUUUUCGGAUCUGGACAAGCACUUGAAGGAAUUCCACACAUUGCAAGAAGGCGAUGCCGCGCUCAUCUCACUGGCAUUCUCAAAAAAGAAGGCAGACGAUCGCAAAGAAUGGCUACGUCUCUUCAAGCCUGGAACUUUCAUGGACCACAAUGUCGACAAGAUUCCCAUCGCUGACUUCAUCAACAAGGAGCUCAUUCUCUUCUCAAUGGCGGACAACAUUCGUUCCAUUCCCAACGUCAUGGAUGGUUUCAAGCCAGGACAGCGUAAAAUUUUGUUUGCUUGCUUCAAGCGCAAGCUCAAGGCGGAAAUCAAGGUUGCUCAGCUCUGUGGCUACGUUGGCGAGCACACUGCCUACCAUCACGGUGAAGUCUCCCUUGCACAGACCAUUGUCGGCUUGGCUCAAUCCUUUGUGGGCGCAAACAACAUCAAUGUCUUGAUGCCCAAUGGUCAAUUCGGUACACGUCACCAGGGUGGUAAAGAUGCUGCCAGCGCGCGUUACAUCUUUACAGACUUGGCUCGCAUCACAAAAAAGAUCUUUUGCGAAGCAGAUAUGCCAUUGCUCAAUUACCUGAGCGAUGACGGUCUCAUGGUAGAGCCAGAAUGGUAUGCGCCAGUGCUGCCUAUGCUGCUAGUCAACGGUACCUCGGGUAUUGGUACUGGCUGGUCCACAGACAUUCCAAAUUUCAAUCCCAAGGACAUUACUGCAAAUUUGAGGGCUCUUAUGAAGGGUGAACCAGUGCAGCGUAUGCGACCAUGGUACCGUGGCUUCCGCGGAGAAAUUGCUGAUGGCAAGGACGAAGGCAACUUCAAGUCUGUUGGUCAGAUUGCCGAGAUUGACGACAAUACGCUUGAGAUUACAGAAUUGCCAAUUGGCUUCUGGACGCAAAACAUGAAGGAGUUUUUGGAAAAGGGCAUUGCAGGUGACGAAAAAACUCCUUCGUGGAUCAAAGACUAUGCCGACAACUCGACUGAAUCCAAAGUGCACUUCACCGUCACGCUGGCUGACAAGGCGCUGAAGGACGUCGUCAAGGCUGGUCUCAUUGAAAAGUUCAAGCUUACUGAAAACAUUUCAAUGAAAAAUCUUGUUGCCUUUGACCCCGAGGGUCGCAUCAAGCGAUACUCGUCUGCCGAGGAGAUCUUGCAAGAAUUCUACCACAUUCGUCUGCAAAUGUACCAGAAGCGCAAGGACUGGAUGGCGGCUGAUCUCGAACGCCAGCAUGACCGUCUGUCAAACCAAGCUCGAUUUGUGCAAAUGAUUAUCAGUAAAGAGCUGAUUGUGAGUGGCAAAAAGAAGGCUGCACUUGUACAAGAGCUCAAGGAACUCAAGUUCACCUCCUUCCCCACCAAGAAGGGUGCGCAAGUCGCUGGUGAGACGGAAGAGACUGUCGAGGAAGCUGAAGCAGCCGAGUCAGAUGGUCCAGACCAUGGCUUCGACUACCUUCUCGGCAUGGCCAUUUGGUCGCUCACCAAGGAGCGUGUCGAGAAGCUGUUGCGCGAUCGCAGCGUCAAGGAGAGCGAGCUUAACGCACUGCUCAAGCUGAAUGCCAAGGAUUUGUGGCUCAGUGAUCUGGAUGCCUUCGAAGCAGAGUGGGAAGGUAUUCUAGAGGCGGACUUGAUACUACAAUCGUCAACAGACACAAUCAAGAAAAAGGCACGAGGCAGCAAGCUUGCAGGCAAAGGCAAAGUAGCAGCCAAGAAGCGCAAGGCCGAGUCUGAUGACGAUGCUGAUGACAUGGACUUCUCGCCAGUCAAAAAGGUCGUCAAGAAGGCCAAACCAGCAUCGCGAGAGCAGUCCGUGGCGGCAAAGGCCUCUCCCGCUGCAACCAAGCCGAAGCCAAUCAAGGCAAAGCUGGAAAUCACCAAAACGAGCCCAAUCAGCGUUCUUGCCGAUGAGGAAAUCAAACCCAAAGUGCUGUCAAAGAAGCCUCCAGUGAAGAAGGCCAGUCGUGUUGUUAGUGACGACGAUGACGAUGUCUACAACUUUGUCAACACAAAGGCUGCCGCCGUGAAACCUCAGGCUGCGCCAGUCAAAAAGUCUGAAGCACCAACCUUGUUUGAGGACAGUGACGAUGACCUCUUCUCAAAAGUCAAUGCCAUGGCCAAGAAGUCUGUGGUCAAGGCAAAACCAGCCCUCGUCAAGGAGCAAAGCUUGUCAAUCUCAGAUGAGAGCGAUGUUCCAGUCUCGAAGCCCAAGGCCAAGCCAAAGGCCAAGCCGGCUGCAAGCAAGGCGACAAGCAUGACUUCCUCAGACAGCGAUGUUCCAGUCUCGAAACCCAAGGCAAAGGCGAAGCCAGCUGCAGUCCGCAAGCAAGCUAGUCCUGCACAGUCAGACGACAGCGAUGUGGAAAGUGUAAAGGCAAAGUCGAGCACGAAGGCUCCCACAAGCAGACCUGGUCGUGCAGCGGCGACGAAGAACCAGAUUAUCAUCGAAAGCGAUGAAGACGAUGAAGGGAGUUUGGCUGCCUCGGAGAGCGAGCCCAGCGACGAGGAUGAUUACGAAGAUUGAGGAGAAGAUUGUUAAGAUUACGCUGUAGCAAACAUAGGCGCACCAUCCAGGAGGAAAGACUCCAAGGCGUAUAGCUCAGCCUACUCUGUAAAUGUUGCAAGCAGACAUGCGGUGUCCAUCAAAUAGAUGUCGCAAGUAGUUGUCUUGUGGCCGGCCUUUCAAAAUCCGCUUGCGAGUUCGAAGUUUGCUCAGACAAAGAGGAUUUACAAAGGCACCCGGCCGACGCAACUGCCACGCUAUUCUCUUGCUUGCUGCGCCUUG